AGAUGCUGUUUCGAGGGAUCUAAGCUGCUUUCUAAUUAAAACUGCAAAGAGCAAUGGAGAAUUUAGGCAAAGACGACGAUUCUCCGGACUCUUCCCUGACAUCCACUGCAGCCCGUGAGGCGUAUGCUGUGCCAGAUGUUAUCAUAACCCGMCGCUUGAGGGACCGGGAGAUGCUCAGAAAAAGAAAGGCAGAAGCCCUGGAGAAAGAUGCAGCUCAGUGGAUUGUAAGGGACUACAAGAGCAAGCAGCAAAGGAGAGGCCGAAAAGGCAARAGAGGACGGCGCCGUCAGACGGUGGUGAAGGCUGUCCUGGAGUCAGAGCCAGAGCUGGAGCCCCAGCUCAUCCCAGAGGAGAUGGCUGAGCCAGAGUCCUCUGAGCUGGUGCUGCCUGAACCCAUCUAUCCAGAGCAGCCACCUGUGCUGACCAUCCAGAAUGUGGUCAGCGGGAUGCAGGCACCGGCGAGGGAAGUGGAGCUGGCAGCUGGGAGCUUGGACCCUGCUGACAGUAAGAAAGGCGUGGCUGCGCACGACAAAUCUUAUCGCAAACUAAAUAAGGGAGAGAUAAAGCCCUCCUAA